AUGUUUCCGGCUCUACCCGAAAGGCUGGAGUACAUUGCAGAGUACUGUUUGGCUUCUCUAGUCUAUCAUGCCGCUUUCUUGAAGAAAACGCUUGCACCCCAGCACCACGUGUUUGAGACGCCCGUGUUUCAAGACGAAAACCUACUAUCAAGUCUCUCUGCGCGAAUUCGAACUGGCUAUGGCUGCGCUGAAGCACGCAUUCGUCCGAUUGGAGUUCCCCCUCGUGUCUCGAUUCUCUGUGAAAUGAAGGGACUGAAGGACGGCUUGCUCAAGACGGUGAAACAAAUCGAAGCUACACGGCUUGAUACUGUCCAGGACAUCAUCUCAGAGCUGGAGAAGAGGGCUAUCGGAGCAGGAACAGUUACUUACGACGGGCUGAAUGAUGCUAUUAGG